AUGCUUAGGAGAUAUCGCAGACAUAACGAACGAUUGCGUAAGAGAUAUUGGAUACAGAAUGUACAGUUGCGUAGGAAAUAUCGCAGACAUAACGUACAGUUGCGUAGGAGAUAUCGCAUACAGAAAGUACAGUUGCGUAGGAGAUAUCGCAGACAUAACGAACGAUUGCGUAGGAGAUAUCGCAUACAGAAC